AUGCAUUGUUAGCUGAUUUACAGAAUCAGACUCAGUUGAACUUAUCGUCGGCUGUCUGUCCAACAUCUCCUACUGGUGGUAAUAGCUAUGCAGCAGUGAUGUCACAUGCUCCGCGGCCUUCUACAGCGACUGUUACUACAACAGUUACUACUGAAAGAUAUGAAUAUCGAAACGGAGAACCUGAUAAUCAGCCCAUAUAUCAAAAUCAACAUGCAGUCCACAGUGCUUUAAAUGAAAAACCAACAGGCAAGCCAGACUUUGCUAGCAACUUGUCUGAAUUAGACAGUCUUUUAGAAGAUCUGAAUUCUGCCCGUUACGCAAAUUAUCCUGGAAAAAAAGGUUAUCAAUCACCAGGAUAUAACAUUUAUAGUAAUGAAGUUACUACUACGACAUCAACUAAUGGUUUUUCUGAGCCUGCUCGCCCAACUGUUGAUAGUCUUUUAGAUGAAUUGCAAAGCUCAUUGCCUGAUGCCCCAAAACUUUCUAAUGUGAAAUACAAGGAAACAGUUCAGGCUCCUGUCAUCAAUUCAGUCAGCUCUUUUCCUCCAAAUCCACAGACAAUAGAGUCUGCUGCUCCUGCUGCAUCAUCUGCCACUAAAGAACUAGAUGAUUUAAUGGCAUCUCUUUCAGAUUUUAAAUGUUCACAACCUAGCAAACCGUCUGAAGCACAAUACGCAAAGCCUAAUAAGGUGUCCAGGUCACCAACUGGCCCAGGCAAAGGUGUUGAUCAGUUGGAUUCUAUGCUUGGUACAUUGCAAUCAGACAUGAGCAAACAAGGUGUCAACACAAGUCCUAAAGGUCAUUGCACGGCUUGCAAUAAGCCUAUUGUAGGCCAGGUUGUUACAGCACUUGGUAAAACAUGGCAUAAAGAGCACUUUGUAUGUGGUCAUUGUCAACAAGAAUUAGGAACCAAGAACUUUUUUGAAAGAGAUGGUGUUCCCUAUUGUGAAACAGAUUACCACAACAUUUUUUCACCCAAAUGUGCUUAUUGUAAUGCUGCUAUAUUAGGAAAAUGCAUCACUGCUCUGGAGAAGACUUGGCACCCGGAGCAUUUCUUCUGCACCCAGUGUGGCAAACAAUUUGGAGAAGAAGGUUUUCAUGAAAAGGAUGGUAAACCUUACUGCCGGGAUGACUUCCUCGAGAUGUUUGCAUUGAAGUGUGCUGGUUGCAAUCGUCCUAUUACAGAAAAUUACAUCUCUGCUAUGAAUAGUCAAUGGCAUCCUAACUGUUUUGCUUGCCGGGACUGUCGUCAACCCUUUAAUGGAGGAAGUUUCUUUGAGCAUGAAGGUUUACCUUACUGUGAAUUGCACUAUCAUGCAAAACGUGGUUCUCUCUGUGCUGGCUGCCAUAAACCCAUUAGCGGUCGGUGUGUUACAGCUAUGUCUCGUAAAUUUCACCCAGAACAUUUUGUGUGCUCUUUCUGUUUAAAGCAACUCAACAAGGGAACCUUCAAGGAGCAGAAUGAUAAGCCAUACUGCCACCCUUGUUUUGAGAAACUCUUUGCUUAAAAUAUAAACUGUUUUAUAUUUUCUAUUUUCUUUCUGCCAGCCCUUUUUUUUUUCGUCUUCAAACAUAUAAACUGUUAUUGAGUUUUAUCUUCUUCCUCUACGUGAAAUAUAUGCUACUUUUUAGUUCUGCCCAAGUUUAUUCAAGGUUGUGUCAUUUAUUUAUGUGUCUGUAUGUAUUUGGGCGGUUCAUGUGUCUGCAUUGAAUUAACUUUAUUUUUUAUGUGGCAUAAACAAAUCAACAAUGCUUCUAGAUGAUAUGACAAUGAAUAAGCAGUUAAUUUAUUUUUUGUUUCGGAAUUUUUUUUAAAAAAAGUAAUAAUGUUUUUCUAAUAUUCAACGAAGGAAAAACUUUUCCAUAUCAUGAUGUAUGUAAUUUAUUGCAAAAAUCAAGAAGGGGCUUUGUGCAUUAUAAAAGCUUUUGAAUUGUUUAUUACUAACUUUUUUUUUAGUAUAAUAAAAGGAAAUUUUAGUUAUAUUUAUUCUACAUGGUAUAUAUAUAUAUGUAAUUUCGAUUGCAUAUUACUACUUCCUACACACAAAAUAAUUUCAGCUUUUAGGAAUUUUAAGUUGUGUAAAUUUGAGAAUACUCUGCUGGUAAGCUUAGUACAAAAUGUAUAAAUUUUUAAAUUAAUCAUUGGAUUUUAUUAUCCUUUGGUUGUAAUGAAAUGUGCUGUAUAUAUUAGACUGUUGCUGUACCUGUAUUUGUACCGGAUAUUUCUAGUGUGCACACAAAAAUAUUCACUGUUUUUUUAUUACGGAUGCAACUGUAGUACAUAGAAGUGCAGGGGAUAGCACUUAAUUUUAAAUUUUAGAAUUUACUAUAAAUAUAUCACCAUGCGCUGUUAUGUUUCUAAAAAUCAUGUUUUACGUAAUUUUGACAGUCAGUAGUUUGAUGAGUAAGUCUGUUUCAUUAAAUAAUUUCAAUUAUCAUUUUAUUUUAUAUGAAAUUUUGUUUUUUUUUAUCCCUUCAAUAAUUUACUACUUUGACUGUCCCCUUGAAAAAUAUUUAUUUUGUCCGUUAAAUAUUAUUUUUAUUAUACCUGCUGUAAAAGCAAUAUUUAGAGUUGUAAGUUGAAAUAAAUACUGAAAUUGGGUGAAACUUCCCUUUUUUUUCUUCUUUGUAAUUUUAACUUUUAUGUAAACAUAACUUUUAUAUAAAGAUAAUCCUAAGGACAAUUAAUUAUUCUAUACUUGAUGAUGUGUUGCUUAAAAGUAAACAAUUUUUAAUUGUUGAUUUCUAAAGCUUACUUUUAUGUUAUCAUUUAUGGCAAAAUUUGCAGGGAAAAAUAAUUAUCAUAAUAAAUUAUUUUAAGCAAAUUAUUAAUAAAAUAAUAGUUUAAGAAGAAGACAUUUAAAUAUUUUGUCACAAUUCUCUUAUUUGAUUGAUAAGGAUUUUAGGUGCCACUCCUUCAAAGUAGAAAUGUUGUAUAUAAUUACAAUUAAAAUAUGAUGAAAACUAUUUUUGUUCUAAGGCAUAUUAUAAAGACUAAUUGUUAUAAACUGUAAUUAAGAAAUAUAUUACUUUUCAUUAUUCCUAAAUUUAUAAGGUUUUUAUUUUAUUAUGAAUGUUUUUUUUUCUUCGUUAUUUGUUACUUAUUAGUCUUCUAUUAUUUCAUCUUAUUCAGUUUAAAAAUGUGCCAAUUGUUAAUUCGCUUAUUGAUAUUUUAUUAUUCACAUUGAAGAAUCAAAAUAAUUUCUAAUGUUAUUAUAAAUUUAGCUUAUUAUGUACUUUUAAAUACCACACUGGCUGUUAGUUGAAUAUUAUUUUCUUUUUUUAUGACAUUAUACCUAUAAUGCUGACGACAUUUUGCUUAAAUUAUGAUUGUUAAACUUGUUGAUCUCUUAAAAAUAAUGUACUUUAACAAUAAAAGCAUUUCAUGUUUUUA